AUGUCCCGCCACUAUCAGAACAGCAAACGAAAAUUAAUAUGUGCUGGCACCGCCGGGGGAAUUGUCAUUGUCGUUCUCGUCAUCGUUAUCAUCGUUAUCGCAACGAAAGAACCUGACUACAAUCAAACUAAGGAGAAAGGUCCAAAAGAGCAGACAAUGCCACCAAUCACAGUAGAGAAUUCCUACGGACAGAUAGACGGACAGAAUGUAAAAAGGUAUACCCUGACCAACAAUAACAAUGUGGAAGUCAAGAUCAUAGACUACGGAGGUAUCAUCACUAAGGUGAUGGUACCAAAUAACCAGGGAGUACUGGGGGAUGUUGUCCUUGGCUUUGACGACUUAGAAGGUUAUAAAGCAAAUGAUCCCUAUCUUGGAGCUCUGAUUGGUCGGUAUGCCAACAGGAUAGCCAAUGGGACGUUUAGUCUAGAUGGCACCAAAUACACCCUCGCAGUCAACAAUGGCCCAAAUGCUCUUCAUGGAGGAAUCAAAGGCUUUGACAAGCGUGUGUGGAGGUCAAGUAUUUCUGAUGGUAAAUUAGUUCUGACUUAUGUCAGUGCCGAUAUGGAAGAAGGCUACCCAGGGGAGGUAACUGCUACGGUCACAUACCAACUCACAGAUGCAAACGAACUGAUCAUUGAUUACAGUGCUACCACUACAAAGAAAACGGUCAUCAACCUCACAAACCACGCCUACUUCAACCUGAAAGGAGAGGGUUCAGGUGAUGUACUACAACAUUUUGCCAAGGUAAAUGCUGACUCGUUCCUUCCUGUUGAUGACACUUCCAUUCCUACAGGUGGAAUAACUCCAGUACAAGGAACAGUGAUGGAUUUGAGGGUGAAGCAAAAACUUGGAGAUGUCAUCAGUCUGGUUCCAGGAGGUCAUGGAUUUGACCAUAACUACUGUUUUGGCAAGACUGGCUGGAUAAAAAAUAUGGCAAGAGUUGAAGAUCCAUCCAGUGGACGAUAUGUGGAGGUCCACAGUACAGAGCCUGGUAUGCAGUUCUACACUGCCUUCUGGAACAAUGUAACAGGCAAGGGAGGUAAACAUUAUGGCAAAUAUAGUGGUUUCUGCCUGGAGACACAACACUAUCCUGAUAGCCCCAAUCAACUUGACUUUCCAACAGUUGUGCUAGCUCCAGGAGAGACAUACAGACAGACAACUACGUACAAGUUUGGUACCAAUAGUUAAUACUGGCAUUCAGUAUAAUACUGACUAUUUAUACAAAGGAGCUGGGCUCUUAAUUUUGUAAAAGUAGAAGAACAUUAUAAUAAAGUGUUCUGGAUUAGACAGUUGUUUGUGACUGUGUAUACUACAGAAGUUGUUCAACAAAUGAUUUUGGCGUAUGGAGAAGAUUAAACCAGGAAAUUAUAUCAACCCUCUAUGAAACAAGCAUUUUCAUUGACCAGUUUUUAUUACAUUAAAAGUUAAUAUCAUGUUUGAUUGACCAAUGUGGUCUGCACAAACACACUUUAUCAUAAACACAAGAGUGGUUGGUUGUUAUUUUAUUGACAUGUAUGUGUGUAUUUUAUAAAUGGGACCAGACCAAAGUAAAUUGUUGUAUUUCAGCUAUCAGUAUUUUGCGUGUGAGAAGAUAAUUUAAUUUGUUAGCUGAAGAAAAGUUUCUUCAUCAUUUCCAAUUUUAAUUUUGAUGUUUAAAUGGUACAUCUUGCCAUUAUUUGAAGUAUAUUUUGUAAUCCUUGUUCCUGCUCCAUGAAGUUGUCAAGGGUAUCCACCAUGUAGCCAUGCAUCAAUCACAUUUGCAGCACAUACUUCCUGUUAUUGGUGAUUUUACCAAAUGUAAGAGUCCGUUUGGUUGAUAUAUUAAGGUUUUGCCACUUUUUAUAAUAUACGUGAUGAUAUACCAAUAUAAGACAUUUUUGUUGAGGGAUGGAAUGUAACUAUUUUGAGUAAGUUUACAAAGUCAUUUACAGAACGGACUAUUUGACUUCGGAAAGAAAUAAAGCAUAAUCUAUUUCUA